UGUGGGAUGAGACCAGUCUGCGGAGCUGGGACGAGCAUUUAACUUGGGAACUUUUCUCUUCUUUCUCUGCUGGUACUAUUUUUUUUGUGUGUGUUGACCGGAGGUGGAGAGCUGGUAGGACGAGCGCGUUGUCUCUCCAGGAGCGCGCAGUGUGGCGCACGCUGGACAACAAAAACAGGCUCGGUGCAGCGAGUGCAGCGCAGGCAGGUUUCCGUUUUAAAAGCAGCACGAGAGCCAGAGGAGUUACGGAGUCCGUGCUGGGGGGAAGCAGUGCGGGACGAACACGGAGACCACUCUUUAAUCGUACAAAAAAAAAACACGGAAUAAUAAGAGGAAAGCAGAAGUUGGAUAUGGCAGCUGGGAAGGCGUUCGACCUCCUCGUUGGAGUUGUUUUAGUUUUGCAGUGUGUGAGGAGUGCACGAGCCGAGAUCUCAUCUAGUAACGGGGUUUCCUACUCAUACAUGCAGGGGCAGGCGGUCGAGGAGGAUGCAGCAGUGGAUGUGAAGCUGUACAGUCACAGGUGGAGGAGAUGGCUCCCCCCUAAACCUCGUAACAUGGACAGUAACCGGGCCAGUCAGGAGCAGGACCAGGAGCCGGAGCAGGAGGAGCCUGAGGGGUUCCCGGGCCUGCUGUCAGCGGAGGACACAGACAACAGCUCACAGAUAGAGGAGGAUACGGACCACGACUACUACACCUCGAAAACAUACGGCCCUACAGAUCCAAUGAGCAAGGACUUGUGGGUAAAUAUUGACCAGAUGGACAAGGAAAAAGUGAAGAUCCACGGGAUCCUGUCCAACACACACAGACAAGCAGCGAGAGUUAACCUGUCCUUCGACUUCCCUUUUUAUGGACAUUUCCUGCGUGAAAUCACUGUGGCCACUGGUGGAUUCAUCUACACAGGUGACGUGGUCCACAGGAUGCUAACAGCUACACAGUACAUCGCUCCUCUCAUGGCCAACUUUGACCCCAGUGUCUCUAGAAACUCUACAGUCAUCUACUUUGACAAUGGUACAGCUCUGGUGGUGCAGUGGGAUCACGUCCACCUGCAGGACAACUAUAACCUGGGGAGUUUCACCUUCCAGGCGACGCUACACAACACGGGGAGGAUCGUUUUUGCGUACAAAGAGAUCCCCAUCGAGGUGUCACAGAUCAGCUCUGUCAAUCACCCAGUGAAGGUGGGCCUGUCUGAUGCCUUUGUGGUGGUCCACAAGAUCCAGCAAAUACCCAACGUGAGGAGGAGGACGAUCUACGAGUACCACCGCGUGGAACUGACCAAGACGAAGAUCACCAACUCUACGGCUGUGGAAAUGUUUCCUUUAGCCACUUGUCUCCAGUUCACCAGCUGCAGCUCCUGCAUUUCCUCACAGAUCAACUUCAACUGUAGCUGGUGCCAUCGGCUCAACAGAUGUUCCAGUGGUUUCGACCGCCAUCGACAGGAUUGGGUUGACAACAGCUGCCCAGAUGAGACUAAGGACAAGAUGUGUGACCUCAUUGACACAACGCACCUCUACCCCUUCACCACCACGAUUCAGGCCAGAACAACACCCAGGAGCAAAGAGGCCACAGCAGACAAGGACUGGCCCUCCACCUCCCACCCUCCCACAAGCGUCCCCACUGAAGAUGACACCAAGAUUGCCCUGCAUCUCAGAGACAACCAGGUGAUGCCUGCAGACAGCGCAGCAGACAGGAUGCCAGGUACCCACCCUCUGCACAUCGGCCUGAUCCUCGGCAUCCUUCUGGUGGUACUCAUCAUGGUUGCCGGCGUGCUGGUCACCGUGUACAUCUACCAUCACCCAACCUCUGCACCCAGCCUCUUCCUCAUUGAGAGACGCCCCAGCAGGUGGCCGGCCAUGAAGUUUCGACGGGGUUCAGGCCACCCAGCCUACGCAGAGGUGGAGCCGGUGGGUCAGGAGAAGGAGGGCUUCAUCGAGUCUGAGCAGUGCUGAGUGAGGAAGGGGCGUCUGCAUCCUUCACAGCCCCCUCCCCCCUCUUCUUCUUUCCUCCUGUGGCGCCCCUCUUUCCUCCUAGACUCAUGAGAAACCCCCAGGAUCUGCUUAUCCAUGGAGGAAGCUCAGUGUACACAAAAACCUCAAUAAGAUUGAGGAAUCGAGGCAAGCAGUGCUUGAUGAGACUUCUGACUAAGCAACGCAGAUGUGAGAAAAGCCUGAGACCACUGAUCAGUCACUGCUGGCGAGGAACUGACCUACGGGGGACAGAGGGAGGGACAGCACUGACCUAAUGGACUCAGUCAGCUUUGGUUAACCUUUGUACGGCUCAAUCAUGUUGCCUUGGAGGGAUUGUACAGCCUUGACUGGGAAAUGGUGUGUCUGAGGUGGUGAAUUAUACAAUAUAUAUUUUAAGAAACAAUACAGAGUAUGUGAACAGAGAUUACCACUUUAUUGUUGGUGGGGUUAAACUGUAUAGGCCUUUGUAUAUCCAUCAGGUUUUCACUUCUUUCACUUCCUCUUUGUCGUUUUCACAGGGGUUUGGCACAUUUAUCCAUAUAGAUCAUCAAUAUCGCUUUUCAAUGCCAUAGCAGGCUUAACUGACUUUUCCACUGCCGGCUGUGCUCAGAGAGGCUGCAGCUGUGUGAUGUGACGCCAGCUGAGCUCCCAUCACUGCGAUCAAUAGCAGCUGGGUAAAAGAGCUCAGAACAGUCAAUAUGAACAUAUUUGUGAUGUUUAGCCGGCUUAAUUUCUUUUAAUAAUGCUUAUGAUGAUUUUUUUUUUUUCACAGAAGCACAAAGCAGACAUGCAUCCAUACAUUUUAUUUACUCUUUAUUCCUGGGAUAAUUAGUCAUUUCUGGUCAUUUUCUUGAGAUCUCAACCUAUCUUAAAAAAAGACAAUGCUGCUUUUCCUGUGAUCACAAGUGAAUUUCAGUUGUUCACUGAAGACAACAAAUGACUUUUAGUUUUCUAGAAUGCAAGAAAAUUAUCAUCUUAUCUAAAAGACUGAUUUAGAGGCACUGGUUUAGCUCAGUAGGUAGAAUAGGUGGCCAUUUACAGACUUGGACCUGAAUGCUCUGUUUGUAGGGCUGUUUAGAGCAUUUCUUCUCCCACUCUCUUUCCCCAAAUUUGGUUUGAUUGACUGGUUUAUUAAAAAGACUCCUCACUCAAAGAUAAGUGAAUGUUGAAGGUGGGCGAUGUGACUUCUACUGAGGGUCUGUGUGUCACAACUAUGAACAUGGUGCAGGUAGCUAGCGGUAGUUUAAACUCCACAUCACAAAAACAGAUGGUGCUUCAGCAGUGUUUCUCAAACUUUUUUCCCUGUCAAGGCCUCCUUUAAUAAUGUUAAAAAAAUACAACAAUUCAUGACUGUUUUGUACUAAUAAUGGGAAACCUGUGACUUGGAUGAUGCAUACAGGCACCGUAUUCUGGCAAGGAUGGAUGGGGCUUAAGAAGAAGCUCAUCCAUCUUACUAAGUAAACACUGGUGUACGCCUAUUUAUUCCCUGACCCCAACAUUGACGUUGUGAUUUCAGUAAAAGGGCAUCUUAGACUAUUUGGGUUAUUUACAGUGGGAAAGCUAAUGAUCCAUAUAUUCACAAUGUGUCUUGGUUGAAUUUGAAGGCACCCCAGGGUUCCACAACACUCUGGUUGAGAAAGACUGUAAAAUAAGAUGCAAGACAGUAGAAGCUUUAUUUCCCUAUAGGAGACACUCAAACGAGUCUGUGCCUAAUUAUUUGGCUUCCAAAUCUGGGGUCUGUGACCCCCUUAAUGGGGUUGCAAAAGAUCUCAAGGGUUGGAUUAAGGCCCUCUCUAUUCUGAAGUAGUUAAAUUUAGACCUGCACUCAUUAUGAUAGCACACUUACUGGAAAGUUGAUUUGUUAAGAGCAAGCGCGUACAUCUUUUCUUUGUUUUCUGAACGGUUACAGUAGCAAGUGUUAAUAUUUGACAGCAAUAUUUCCCCUCUUCUGUGUUUGGGGGCUCAGUUUUUCCAGGAUUCAAGUAGGGGGGUCUCAAAGGAAUAAAGGUUGGAAACCACUGGUCUCUAAAAUACCAGUGUGAUUUAUAUGGCAGAUUUUAUGGUAAUACUUAUCCUCCCCAAAAGUUUUGAUUAGCACAAAAAUUCUGUUUUAUAUUGAUUAAAGUCAGGGUUACUUUCCCUGAUCUUUUCUGGUAACCAUCCUUUUUUUUUUGGAUAAUGCUGUUUUAAAAUUUGACCUUCUCUAUGUUGAUAAAUUUGUCAUAUAUAGUGGUAAAAUAACCUUUUUUUUUAUCCUGGGAUAGUGAUGAAAAUAAACAGAAAGCUCAUGAAAGCAAUACAUAUGUAAUCACAGGAAAAUCAAGCAUUGAUAACUUGUGAUUAGAAGAGAUUAAGUCUAAGGAAAAUGGAGUAAAUAACAAGUAUGGAUGCUUUUCAUUUAGGGAUUCUGUGGUGUUUUUUAGUGGGUGACGGGCACACUCUGCUCUCUUUGAAUCAUUGAAACAAUUCUUUUUGCUGUUUUUUUUUUUUUUUUUGACUGCCGUACCAUUUUGUCCCUGAUUAGAAUUUGCACAUAUUGUUUUUUUCCAAGCACAUUUGAUUCUCUCAUUUGACAUGUGGUACUAAUGCAAGAUGACAAGACAGGCGCUUGUGAGUGCGUAUGCUUGAAUAUUUUUUCUAAAGUAUAAAUGAUUCUUCUGUGUGAGUGUAAAUGUGAGCGUGAAUGUGUAAGAGUACGGUUCGUUUUUGGAUAUCCUCCUGUGUUAGGGGUGCGUUAUGUUUGAGCUGGCUCUGCACGCUUGAUUCUUAAUGAUUUGAAUCUGAGGUGUUGUGAUUCGGUUCGUGUGAGCCAGAAAACACACUGGUGUGGUUGGGUUUUUAUUGAUUUUAUGGUGUGGUUUCCUUUUCCAGUACAUGGCCAGCAUAACCAUUAGCUAGUCCAUGUUAAUGUUAUGAUUGGCUCAUCCGUGCCGACUCAUUCAUGUAUAUACCAAUGACAAAACAUUUGCAGAUUCAGGUAACUCAUGGCAAACAUUUUUUAAAUUAGCAUUAUAGCACAGACAAAAAAACAACUUUUUUAUUUUUAUGAGUGGCCUUUUUUUCUCUACUUUUUUACUUAAAUGUGAAUACUGUUCAAAUCAUUAUGACUCAAGGCUUCUGACUGAUUCAUUUGAAAUCCUCAUUAUUCCUACUGCAGAAUCUUGUUCUCACACCAAUGAUUGUAGACUCAUCUUGGACACAUCCUGGAAAUCUACUGAAAAAUAAAGUGUGCAAUAUGACAUCUGUUCAGUUUGAUACUGAAACUACAUUCAAGUCAUAAUCAUCUCAAUUUCUUUCACUCGCACGUUCAUCACAUUGAGACCAAAGACUAAUUAGCAUCUAAGAGAGCUACAGUUGUAAGUAUUUACCUCAACCUACCUUAGCCUCAGCAGCCACUCAACCAACCACCAUGCUAGCUGUAGCUACAAUGGUCUAUAGGUCAUAGUAUGGUUAAGUAGCCAUUUACAAUACGCAAAAACAGACUGUACUCCAAAUUCUUUCUUAGUUAAACCUUUGGUUUUUGGAGGAAUACGCUUUAGACAACAAAGUUAAUGUUACCCAAGAAGUUUUGUUUAUUUCUUAGAGCCAAGCAUUGCCCUGUUAUAAAGAUAAUUAGCUCGUCAAGUUUGUAAAAUAUGGAGCCCCUAAAGGGGUGAGGGCUGAAAUAAUAAAUAUACGUUUCUGGGGCCAUUGUACCUCUAGGGGCUCUGUAGUAAAGGCCUUUGAAAACACUAUUUUUGUGAAAGUUUUUCCACAUUUUUAAGGACAUAUAUUAGCAUGUCCAUUGGAGCAUUUUUAAAAGAGGUCUGGAUGCAAACCCCAGAUUUGGGCCUAAUCUUGCGGACCUUGUAGACUACUACCAUGAGACCUUGCCUCUGUCAGAACAGAAGUGGCGUAAUUCUUUUGCACAACACAUUUCCUGCUGUAGAUUGUUUUUAAUUCAGUUUUUAAUUCAUAUUUGAUGGUCUGGCAGCUACAUUCAUGAAAUAACCAAACUGCAAAUAUUACAGACUAAGAAACAUUUUAUAAAUAAAAUCAAAUAAAGGUCAGAGGUCUAAUUAAUCAAAUUAUGCAUAGAUCCGUUAAAGAAGUAGUUACACGAACAGUGACUGACGCUAAUGUAGAUGUGAUGUAGAUGUACCUACAGAGCUAACAUAGCUGCUUUGUGAGAUUAGCUUUAGCUCAUUAGCUAUGUAGUUACGUUAGCUACAUAGUUACUUUAUCAAUUGCAAAGUUACUUUUAGCAACGUGAGUUUUAGCAAGUGUAGCUAAAGCUAUCUUAGCUUUGUAGAUAAGGUAGAUACGUAGCUUAUAUAGCUUUUUUGUGAUUUUAGCUUUGGCUCCAUUAGAUUUAUAGCUCUGUAAUCUACAUAGCUUGUGUGGUUAACACAGCUAUGUAAACUACACUUGCUGUGUUAGAAUGUUUUCAUGAAGGACUAACCGUUUUACUAAGGUUAGCCACAUAGCCACGUAGAUUAACUUCAGCAAUGUGAGCUUCGGUGAAUGUAGCUUAAGUUGUCUUAGCUAUGUACAUAACAUGCUUCUUUGUGGGCUAAGCUUUAGCUGCUUUAUCUUUGUAGCUCCGUUAUCUACAUAGCUUGUGCAGUUAAUGGAGCUAUGUAGCUAUGCUUACCUUGUUUGAAUGUUUUCAUGGAGGAAAAGCUUUCUUCCUACUUUAGCUACAUAGCUGUUAUUGCUAGCCAGGUUAGCUUUAGUAAUGCGAGCUUUAGCAAAUGUAGCUAAAGUUAUCUUAGCUAUGUAGAUAACAUAGAUAUGAAGAUAACAGCUGUGUAGUCUUUGUAGCUCCAUCAUCUACAUAGCUUGUGCAGUUAAUGGAGCUAUAUAGGCUACACUAAGUGCGUUAGAAUGUUUUAAGAAGGAUAAGAUUUUUCCUUGGUCAGCUAUGUAGCUAUGUUAUCAACAGGUAGGUUAGCUUUAGUGACGUGAACUUUUGCAGAUGUAGCUAAACUAUGCUACGUGGAUAAGAUAGAUACUUGACUUUAUUUGCUCAGAUAGCUAUGUAACUCUGUUAUCUACGUAGCUUAUGCAGCUAACAGAGCUUUGUAAGCUAUGCUUGCUGUAUGAUGCAGAAUGUUUUCAUGCAGGUCUGGUUUUUAACUUUGAACUUGUGAUAUCCUAACCCUUAUCUUUAAUCUUCUGUCAUUUUAAAAGUUUUAGCAUAUAUUUUUCUGUUCUGACAGAUGCAGCUCCUCGUUAAAAUGGUCUGUGAGAGGGGGGGUCUGAGAUCUGCGGUCUACAGCUGGAAUACUCAACACAAAAUUCUGGAUGUCCUCCGUUGUUGUCCGAAGUGACUAAUUUGAACAAAUCUGAUGUCUGAAGAUCACUGAGGGCUGAAUACUGAUUUCUGUCAAUAUAGAUAUGCCACCAUUUAUUUACAUAACUGCAGUUUCAGCUUAUCCUUACCAGACUGAUAUUCCUCCUUGGCCAAAUGCAAAAUAUUAAAUAUAAAAUGUACAGUUCAUUCAGAUUAUUCACAGGCUGAUAAACUCUAUGCUUUCAUCAAUACACCUGGGAGGAAUCACCUGGAUCAGCCUUGGAUUAUUCACAGCAAGCGUCAGGGCUCCCACUAGUGCUCAGUUCAUAAAAUACAGAUGUAUACAAUAAUGAGGGGAAAAUUAAAGCAGCAUUUUGGCACCAAUAUUGCACAGUCCCUCUGAGGCCUGUAAACAUUUACAUUCAUGUUGCAUCAUGUUUACAUCAUGUUUGGCGAAAUUCCCAAGCAAAUGUGAAGCAAUCAUAAACAGGCCUUAUGGGCACAGUCGAGGAAAGCAUAAGCUCUGUUAGCCAACUUUGGUAAUCCAGCAAUAUUAUAUACCAGUGGGAGAUGCUUUGCAAUUAUAGUCAUAAGCAUUCUGAACACACAUAAAAGCCAUUACUGGACACAGAUCACUGAGUUUUACCUCCAAGUUAUAUUCAAGUCAAAACAGAGACAGUCACACCACAACUCUAGGAAAUGAGUUAAAAUGUUAUUGACUAAAGCAGAGGGCUGAAAUUUAUUCCAACUGUAAGGUGAGAAGAGUCAAAGUCAAUCCUGAAAAUUAAUUUGAAAAGCAGUUUGUGUUUGGAAACUACAAAACUCAGUUACAAAAAAGUUGGAGCCCUGUGUAAAACUUCAAAAAGACUGCAAUGAUUCGCAAAUCCCAUUAACUGAUGUUUAAUUUACAUUAGAACUUUAAGAACAUAUCAGAUGCUGAGACUGAGAUAUUUUAGCAUUACAUAAAAAAUAUUAGCUCAUUAUGAAUGAAAGGGAAUCUAGAAAAGUAGAGAUAGGGCAGCAAAAGGCUUGAAAAGUAGAAGUUGUACCAAUGAAAAAUUACUAACUUGCAAAUUAAGCUAACUGAUUAGUUAAUUUGCAUAGGUCAGUAACAUGAAUGGGUAUAAAAGAAACAUUUUAGAGGCAGAGUCUCUCAGAAGUAAAGGUGCGCAGUGGUUCAUUUAAAAUGAACCAAAUGGAUAACUGUUCUAUGGUCAAAUAAAUUAAAAUUUGAAAUUUAUUCCCUCUUCUUUUUAACAGCAGUCUGUAAACGUCUGGAAGGUGAGGGGACCAGUUGCUGAAAUUUAGGAAGAGGGAUGUGUCCCAUUCUUGUCUGAUGCAGGAUUCUUGUUGCUCAACAGUCCUGAGUCUUCUAUGUAGGAUUAUAUGCACAGAGAUUUCUCCAGAUUCUCCGAAUCUUUUGAUGAUAUUAUGAACUGUAGAUAGUGAGAAAAUCCGUUUUCAUAAUUUUACAUUGAGGAACAUUUUUCCUGAAAUUGUUCCACAACUUUUAAAAGCAUUUUUGGUUGAUUGGUAAGUCUCGGCCCACCUCUACUUCUGAGAAACUCUGCCUCUGCAAAAUGCCCCUUUUAUGACCAGUCAUGUUGCCAAUUAACUAGUUACGUGCAAAAAAAGUUCCUGCAGUUAUUUUUUCAUCUGUAUCAUUUACAUUUCAAGUCUUUUGCUGCCCCGCUCUUACUUUUUUGAGGAUCUGGCAUGUUGUUUAUGUUCCACUGAGAAUAAAAUAAGGGUUUGUGAGGUUAUACAUACCAAAUUAAGGACUAAUAGCUGUUUUGAUUCCUUCAGUGGGCCAUCUUUUAAAACUAACCAUUCCAUCAUGACUCCUCUCCCGGUUGAAGUCUGGAAACACUUUGGGAAUAGAGGGCUAUUUUAACACGCCGUUUUAAAAAUACUGUUCAAUUGAAGUUUUUCAAAAAAGACAUCUUUACUUGGCACAUCUGCUUGUUGUGCGCUGCCACCUGAAACUGCAACUGUUUUUGAAACCACUUUCACAAUGCAGUCAGAGAAAAGGUGGUCAAUAACGGUCGGUCAAAGCUGGAACACUUUGACAGAAAAACAACAUUUAUCAGACUAACAGCGAAGCUUUCACCUGAGUUCACUCGACUUUACUGAUCACCUUCACUCCUUCUUUCUUAACAGUGUUUUUAGAGGACGAAAAGCUGCUUAGUGGCUCAAUACUCACAGACGAAACAUGAUAUUAUCUUAUGGCACUCACUGGUUCACAAUGAGACUCAAAAUCAUACGGUAUAAAAGCUGUCUGUAAUUCCUGUGACUGCUGUUUUGAUUACUUUUCAAUUAAUAAAAGUUUUUGUUAAAUA